AUGGCUGUCCUCCACGUGUCCAGGAGCGAGGCUCACUUCAUCAAGGAUUUCAAGCGUUACGGACCCCCAACCUUUGACGGUGAGAGUGAAAGAGCGACAGCAGCAGAAGAGUGGAUCAGAGAGUUGGAAGCCUUUUACGCGUAUCUGGGUUGCGAGGACCAAUUCAAGGUGAAGGGUGCGGUUUUUAUGUUGAGGGGCGAGGCCCUGAACUGGUGGGACUCAAUAGCAGCGGCAGAGGAUCAUGCAAAUGUAACAAUUCCGUGGGCAAGGUUCAAGGACUUGUUGUACGACUACUAUUAUCUGGAGACUGUGAAAGACAUGAAGGAGGCAGAAUUCCUUCAUCUCGUCCAGGGAACCUUAUCUGUGGCACAAUAUGAAAGGAAGUUCACGGAACUCUCCCGUUUUGCCCUGGAGUUAAUUCUCAAUGCGGCAAUGAAGAUCAAGAGGUUUGUUAAAGGCUUGAGUAAGGGAAUCAGAGGACCGGUGGAUCUUCAACGACCCGCCAGCUACGCUGAAGCGGUUAGGGGCGCCUUGAUUAUGGACAAGGAUGUCUCUAACAAGGCCCCAUCUCUGCCAGAGGUCGGAUCAUCUUCAGGUGUGAAAAGAAAGUUCCAUCCGACUUAUGCCGACCCGUCAUUGAGAGCACCCCAGCACCAGGCUCAGCACCGGGGCAUGCCGCCAGUAUGCCCCACUUGCCAGAAAAGACAUGCGGGGCAGUGCUGGACGGGAAGUAAGGGUUGUUUCAGGUGCGGAAGAGAGAGGCAUUUUGCAAGGGAAUGUCCCAUGUCGGCCGCAAAUACACAGAGGUUAGGCCAGAGGAUUUCCCCAACAGUUUCGACACAGGGAAAUAACCAAAGGGCUCGUGUCUUCGCACUUACUCGCAAGGAAGCAGCGGAUGCCGAAACCGUGGUCACAGGCAACCCUCGAAAUAGAGCCGUUAGGGUUUUUGUUGUCAGUUUCUACACCAUCAGGGUCAGUUUUGAUUGCUAG